CAUGGGUGUGGAAUAUGGGGGAAAGUUAAAGGGAGAGAGGACACUAAGGUGUAACGCGUUAAGACCACGCUCUCUAUUGAUGCUCCUCCGAUCCCGUAUGUAGUUUGUUGAGAGACUAUCAUGUUUCAUGUUUGUUUACUUCCGAACAGCUGGUAGACCUCUCUAGGAAUAAACUCCAUACCUCAUUCAGCACAUUCCCAAACAAAAUACGAGAGAUUUGCCAAGAAGGUGAAAGAUCAGGCACAGAGAAAUCAAGAGGUUCGAGCUAGACGAUGGAGUUGGUGGUAGGCGCUUCGGAGGCCACCAUGAAGGCCCUCCUGGGCAAGUUGGGAAACCUCCUCGCCCAGGAGUACGCGCUCAUCAGGGGUGUCCGCGGCGACAUCCAGUACAUCAGCGACGAGAUGGCCAGCAUCCACGCCUUCCUCACCAAUCUCAGCAGCUCUGGCAACGACGACGGCCACGACGCGCAGACCAAGGACUGGAUGAAGCAGGUCCGCGACAUCGCCUACGACAUGGAGGACUGCGUCGACGACUUCGCCCACCGUCUCCGUCACGAUCCCCGCGGGGACGGAUGCCUCGUCGAGGUGUACAGGGCGCUGUACGAGAUCUACACCUGCAGGCCUCGCUGUGACAUCGCCGCCAAGCUCGCCGAGCUCAAGAACCGUGCUCAGCAAGUGGGCGAGCGGCGCUUGCGAUACGGCGUCGUCCUCAACCCGAUUCCCCCUCAGCGCGGCGAGACCCGCAAUGGUGACCAGACCACGGGAGAGAACCAGGUGGCCGGGCGCCGGCUCAUAACCGUAAAGGAGCCCAUCGGCGUGGCGCGCGCCAUCGAGAAACUCGAGGCGUGGAUGAAAAGCCAAAGUCACAAGAACCGCGGUGUGCUAGCCAUCCAUGGGUUUGGUGGCGGGGGCAAGAGCACAAUCGCGGCGGCGCUGUACCGGAAGCAUGGCCAAAAUUUCGACUGCCGAGCGUGGGUGACGAUGCCCCAGAAGUUUGACGACCGUGCGGUCCUCAGGAGCAUCCUGAGUCAGGUCAUGCUGCCUGCCACUGCCAGUGGUGGUGGCGACCGCAGGCGACGAGGAGGAAGCAGACACGCAAAGAUUGAAACCAUGUCCCAGGAACAACUCAUCAAAGGGCUGAAGAACCACCUGCAAAAUAAGAGCUACAUCCUCGUGGUCGACGACGUACGGUCCGCCGAAGCAUGGCAGACAAUCAGACAAUAUCUACCGGAUGAAGAAGGCAGCAGAGUUGUGGUCACUACACGAUUCGAAGCCGUAGCAGGGGAAUGCAUCCUUGACAGACAGAAAGACAUGCUCCAUCAUGUGGAUCGUCUAUCUGAUGAUGACGCUAAGAGGCUAUUCCAAGAGAGCGUGUCUGAAUCCAUGACUAGCAGUGACAAGAUGCUCGGUCAGGCGCACAUUGAUGUCUCGAGGAAAAUCUUGGACCUCUGCAAGGGUCUGCCUGUGGCCAUUGUAACCAUAGCUGGUCUUGUGGCUUGCAAGCCACAGGCAUACGAGAAACAGUGUGCCGAGAUCUGCGUCUCCCUGCCUCCAGUAUCCGUGGACUGCCAUACCCCGGAAGGCAUGACAAGGAUACUCAACUACUGCUACAGCAGCUUACCUGCAGACCUCAAGACCUGCUCGCUCUACCUGAGCGUGUUCCCAAAGGACAGCAGGAUCAGCAGGAAGCGGUUGACGAGGCGAUGGAUAGCGGAAGGCUUUAUCAGCGAGGAGCACGGGCAGAGCAUGAAGGAACGCGCGGAAACAAACUUCAAUCUGCUCAUCCGAAGGAACAUAUUGAAGCCUGUGGAUCACAGCAGCGACGGGAAAGUUAAGACCUGCCAGGUUCAUGACAUGAUCCUCGAGUACAUCAUGUCCAAGUCCAGCGAGGAGAACUUUAUCACCGUGGUUGGCGGGCACUGGCUCAUGCGGACACCCAGUAAUAAAGUUCGUCGCCUGUCCAUCCACAGCAGCGAUGUGAAGCAUGCCAAAGAAACCAUGGACAGAAUGAACCUGUCCCAUGUCCGAUCAGUCACAGUGUUUGGGAGCUUGAACCAGCUGCCUUUCAUGUCGCUCAAGCUCGGCAUUGUACAGGUGCUGGACCUGGAAGGCUGCAAGGGCUUCAAGAAGCAGCAUGUCAAGGACAUCUUCAAGAUGCUUCUUCUCAAAUAUCUCAACCUCCGAGGAACAGACAUCAACAGCAUCCCUUCCAAGAUUGGGAAGCUACGGUACUUAGAGACCCUUGACAUAAGGGACACGAAUGUCCAGAAGCUGCCUGAUGCCAUCGUUCAGCUUGAACGGCUGACGAGUAUACUCGGUGGAAACACAAUGGCACAGGUAACACUCAAGUUGCCAGCGGAGGCAACGAAGAAGCCGUUGCGAACACUGCACAUCCUGUCCGGGAUCGAGAUCACUGGGGAGCCGACGUCCGUUAAUGAUUUCCACGGGUACACUGCCCUUAGGAAGCUCGGGAUACACAAGCUACAAAUCCAGGAGGGUACUCCUGGCUUCAAGGCCUUGCUCUCUUCCAUCCAAUACCUUGGAGGUAGCUCGCUCAAGAAUCUCUUGAUCAAUGAUGAGUGCUCCGGUUUCAUCGACGCACUGGAUUCUCUGACCUCACCACCGAGAUACUUCCAUUCCCUCCAGCUGUACGGCAUGUUCAUCAAGGUGCCCAGGUGGAUUGCUCAUCUCACUGAACUGAAGAACUUAACCCUGUCAGUUACGGUGCUCCGAACUGAUACCUUGGAGCUCCUUCAGAAGCUACCUCGUAUGUUCUGCCUUAUAUUUUCGUCCUGGACAUCCAGCAAGGACCUUGAUUUGGUGGACAUUCUUGAAAAGAACAAGUCGGACUCAGAGGGGCAGAUCUUGGUCAAGCAUGGAGGGUUCGACUGCCUUAAGCUGCUCCGCUUGGACGCGCCGCUCCUGCCAUUGCUCGUCUUCUCGGAGAGGGCCAUGGGCAACCUCGAAAGGCUUGAUAUGAAGUUCAACACGCUGGAAGGCGUCUUCGGCAUGGAUAACCUCGCGAGCCUUCGUGAGGUGCACAUGACGGCCGGUGAAAAAGCCGGUGAGAUCACCAAGUCAAUAGUGCGUGAGCUGGAGGCCGAGGCAGGUAAAUACGCCAAUACACCAAGAGUGGUCGUUUACGAGUUAGCUGGACGCGGAAGCAGGUCACAUACGCCAAACGACCCAGAGUAGUCUUCUAUGAAUUAUUAUAGCUAGUCUCUAUUCAGAAGUGCUCGUCGUCGUCGGUCAUGUUUGUGCUGUUCUGUUUUAGCUUUUGUAGUGACUGGUGCUUGUUUGAGUUUACCCAAUAAGAAUGGUUUUCCUAUUUGGGGAUGGUGCCAUGGUGGUGAAUCUGUCAUCCUGCCAUUAUAUUUAGAGUUUCUGAGAUUUUUGUAAGAGUGGACAGAUAAAUCUUUUGUGCGUGUGGUUUGAAUAUUUGUGGAUUGAUGCUAAUGUUUAAACUUGCGCUCCAAGCGCAAAUGGAAAGGUAGUAAGAAAUGUUGCUUUUGUCA